UGCAGGAUUCACACAGAGAGGGAGUAAACCGAGAACAAGAGAUACAGCUUGCUGCAAGACUCCUCACUUCUGGAUUUCUAUGUCUUGAAUAUCUCUAAUGAUGCACAAUGACCUCAGUUUCUAAACCUUCACUGGAUUACAGAACAGAGGAAUAAAUCACCACGUCGCAAGACGAAGAGCGUGAGGAGGACUUCAGAAUGCUAUGUGAAUUGCAGGGUUUUUACUCUUGGUCUUUAUAGAUCUGCAAACUUGUAAUUCUCAAUGAUGACUUCAUCAUCUGUUGGACACCACUGAAUUUCUAUUCAAUUUGUUUGGACCUAUUAGACUGCAGCUUACAAUAACUUCAACACCAGAGACAGAAGGAUGAACGGGUUGACAGAGACCUCAGUGAAAUGCGUACUGGUUGGGGACUGUGCAGUGGGUAAAACUGCACUUCUUGUGCGGUUUACUUCUGAAACGUUCCCAGACAGCUAUAGACCCACUGUCUAUGAAAACACUGGAGUUGAUGUAUUCAUGGAUGGAAUCCAGAUCAGCUUGGGACUGUGGGAUACAGCAGGACAUGAUACGUUCCGCCAAAUCCGCCCCAUGUCCUAUCAGCAGGCAGAUGUGGUUCUGCUAUGUUAUUCGGUAGCAAAUCCAAAUUCGUUAAGCAAUUUGCGGCACAAAUGGAUCACCGAAGUGAGGGAAUUUCUUCCGAAGGUGCCUGUGCUGGUUGUUGCCACACAGACAGACCAUCGUGAGAUGGGCCCGUAUCGUGCCAACUGCACCACGGCCUCGGAGGGCAAACAGGUGGCACAAGAGAUCCGUGCCAAAGGGUAUCUGGAAUGCUCGGCUCUCAGCAAUCGUGGCGUGCAGCAGGUUUUUGAGUGUGCCGUUCGAACGGCUGUUAAUCGGGCACGGAGACGGACAAGGCGGAGACUCCAAGACUUUAAUCCCUGUAAAGUCUCCUGAAUGCUUUUAAAACGUGGAUGAAAUUGAAUUCUUAUCACUAAGAUAAAAUUGUUUCUUCUCACACACAAAACCAACUAACUAAAGCCUCAACAAAGACUUCUGAACACUGAUGUCUUAAUACUGUUUACCUAAAAGACUAUUUGAUUUUGAGUCCUCUAGUCAGGAAA